AUGAACCAGAUGCGAAAAACUGAGGUGUUAUGUGAUGUCGUGCUAAUGACAGAGAAUGGAAACACAAAGUUCUAUGCGCACAGAGCUGUUCUUGCCGCAAGCAGUGAAUAUUUUUACAAGCUCUACACGGGUACUUCGCUAUCAAGGUACCACAGAGAAACAAUUCUACAAGGCAUAACAGACUCUGUUCUUCAGGUUGUUGUAGAUUACAUCUACUCUGCUCAUGUUGUUCUUACUGAAGUAAACAUUGAAGAGAUACUUUGCGCUUCUUUUCAGCUCGGAUUAGAAUCACUAAAACUUGAAUGUGAGCAGUUUCUCAUUCGUCAUAUUUCCGUCGAGAACUGCAUCAAAAUGACGGCUAUGGCUCGCGUCUACUCAUGCGAGAAACUUCUGCGGGAAGGAAAGCGAUUUAUGCCAGAAAAUUUCUUGGAGAUUCAAAACUCAGAGGAAUUCUUCAAAAUGCCAAAAGAGCAACUGGAAGAAAUUAUCGCAGACGAUGACUUAAACGUGAAAAAUGAGGAACAAAUUUUCAAUUCAAUUCGUGCGUGGACAAACUUUGAUGUUAUUUCAAGGCGUGACUCAUUUUCCGACUUAUUGAGUCACGUGCGACUGCCUUUCAUUGCGCGAACCUUUCUGCUCGGCACGAUCGAUAAGGAUCCGUUGGUCACAUCAUCUUCGGUUUGUAAAGAAAUAGUAGCCGAGGCCUUGUCUUACAAAAUGGCUGGCCACAAGGAGAAGAAAUUGCUUCAGAAUGAGAGAACUAAACGGAGGUGGAGGUCUCAGUUGACAGAUGUUAUCAUUCUAGUGGGUGGAGUCAUCGAAAAUGGCGUCCAAGCUUGCUGUCAUUGUUUCAAUCCGCUGACCAAUAAAUGGCACUGCCUGUCUCCAGUGAUUGACAGUCGGUUGAACUUUGGCAUGGCCAGGUUACAUCGCUGGUUGUUUGUCGUGGGUGGUUCCACUUCUGGAGAGAAUAUGAAUGUUCUUUCGACUGUAGAAAGGCUGGACCCAAAGUUCAACACUUGGGAGAAAGUCGCCACACUUACGUCAGGUCGCUUUAACCACGAGACUGUCGAGCUCGAUGGGAAAAUCUACGUCGUAGGAGGGGUCCUGGGAAACAGUAAUCAGGAGCAAACAAUGGAGUGCUAUGAUCACGUGACUGAUUCUUGGUCCUCACUGUCCUCACCCCGUCAGACCCGUUAUACACACUGCGCUGUUUCAUUGGAUGGAUAUAUCUAUGUUAUUGGAGGAAUAUCCAAAAAUAACACAGUCCUGAGAACAGUAGAGAGAUAUGACCCGCAUCAAGCUAAAUGGACCCAUGUGGCUAAUCUAAACACGCCGCGAAGCGGAGCAUGCACAGUGGUACUCUCAGGUCGGAUCUACGUCAUGGGAGGCGGGUCAGAUUUUCGCAACAUUUUGUGUUCCUGUGAGAUUUACGAGCCAAGCAGAAAUAAAUGGACCUACGGGAAAGACAUGAACACCAAGCGUGACCGCGCAGGCGCAGCAGAAUUUGGCGGGAAGAUCUACGUGUUCGGUGGUUCUUAUGGUCACGUGGCAGUGACGUCAGUGGAGUGUUAUGAUUGGCGGGUAGACCAGUGGAACAUCAUAACAGAGUUACCUUACCCACGGUACGGGUUUCGCUGCACAAAGACUGUCGUCAGUAGGGACAUGAUGGCAGAGGUUCCUCCUCUAAAGCCGAAAGAACCUGCCCAGGAAAAGUUGAUCUAGAACAGGCGUAGAGCUACGUAAAGAUUUUUUUCACCAUGCAGCAUGGACAUUUCUUGAAAUGUUAAUUCCUAGGAUUUUAAGGUUUUUCCUCCAUCCGCAAAUAUAAGCUUCAUCAAUCUACGCGGUUUUGUGCGCGCUCAAAAGUAAUGAGCGGCAAAGUCGCAUGUGGGUCAGAAUCCACACUCCUGGUGUAUCUUUACUUGAUAUUUUGCAUCCCAAACUUCACGCAACUUUGCCGCUAAGAUUCAUGGCUCGGCCGCUACACACUAAAAUCCCACACAAAACCACUAGAUAGACAGUCUAAACCUUCCGCAAGAAAAAUGAAACUUUUCAAAUGCAACACCACCAAAAUUUACGGCACGUCCACAUAUUGGUUCCAAUAAAACCCUCCUGGAGGUGGGUUUCUUCCCUGAUUAAUCAUUUAGGAUAUUCGCAUUCUUAACUGAACUUUCGGCGAUAAAUUUGAGACAAAACUUAAAAUUCUCAAUAUUCAAAUGAGACACUGAUGCUCACCGGAAGUAUAGUAUUCAUUGAAAACUGCUUUUCCGGUACAGGGGGAACGCCCACUUUUAAAUUACUAUCUAUGCAAUAUAAGUGACGCCUGUGGUUCUGAUAUCCGCCUAUUUGUGAGGUGAGUUCAACAUUGCUAUAUUGCAGUUUUCAUCGGCUCUAAGACUUUGAAAUGCAAAUCAUAUAUUGAACAUUGGACGUUUCAAACAACACAUAAUCACUGAGGAUUAUUAUCCGAGAAAUCUAAAACUAGGAAUAUUCGGACAAAACUUCAUCACAAAACAGAAAUAGUUAGACGUAUUAGCUCUAUAUUGAACAGGAAAUGAUCCAAAAAAAUUUUGCAACUGAGGAGAUUUGAAAUGUGAUAAAGUUAGAUUUCAUUUAAAGAUAAAUAGUAAGC